ACUUACACAAGGCCGAGCUGCUUGAGCAUGGCUUGAGUGCCUCCAUCGUUGUGCGUUGGUGUGUGUAUUCACCAUUGACCGUUCUCAGAGUCAGACCCGUUAGCCACCAACGUUCCCGUGUUUUGCCCUGUUCACGCCCCUGACCCGCCAUGUUGAGCGUCGUUCCACGCAGCCUGCUCAAAUCCUCGGCCCAGUGGUCCUCAUCGUCGGUCCGAUUGGCCUCGACCCUCAUCUACGCCGAGCACAAUGGCGAACGCCUGAAUCCGGCCACGCUCCACACAUUGACCGCGGCCAAGGCCAUUGGCGGCGAUAUCGCGGCAUUGGUAGCCGGACCCAAGUGCGGGCCCGUGGCCCAGGAGUUGGCCGGUAUCGCCGGCUUAAGUCGCGUCAUUGUGGCCGAAUCGGCCGACUAUGAAGGCAUGCUGCCCGAGCGUUUGACGCCCUUGCUCUUGGCCGCGCAAGAGCAAUUCAAGUUCACGCACAUCUUGGGCAACAGUUCGGCCUUGGCCCGGUCUUUGCUGCCGCGUUUGGCCGCCAAAUUGGACGUCUCGCCCAUCUCGGACAUUAUUGGCAUCAAGAGUGAGGAUACUUUCGUGCGUACGGUGUACGCCGGUAACGCGGUUCUCACGCUCAAGUCCAACGACGCCGUCAAGGUUAUUACUGUGCGUAGUACGGCUUUUGAGGCUGAUGCGGGCACCACCGGCGGUUCGGCUACACAAGACACGCUGAGCGCUCCGGAUUCGCCCCAUACCUCCGAAUUUGUGAGCCAAGAGCUCAGUAAGAGCGACCGACCCGAAUUGGCCAGUGCUAAGGUGGUGAUUAGUGGCGGUCGCGGCAUGAAAUCGGGUGACAACUUUCAAAUGCUUUAUGACUUGGCUGACAAGUUGGGCGCGGCUGUAGGAGCUUCGCGUGCCGCUGUGGAUGCCGGUAUGGUGCCCAAUGACAUGCAAAUUGGUCAGACUGGCAAAAUUAUUGCUCCGGAAUUGUACAUUGCGGUGGGCAUCAGUGGAGCCAUUCAACAUCUGGCCGGUAUGAAGGAUUCCAAGACUAUCGUGGCCAUCAAUAAAGAUCCCGAGGCGCCCAUCUUCCAGGUGGCCGAUCAUGGAUUGGUGGAGGAUCUCUUCAAAGCUAUUCCCGACAUCCAGAAAAAGAUGUAAUAAUAUUUUCAACAUAACCCUUUUUUGAAAUGAAUCGUGUAUUUGAACCCAACAAGAUGGUGUUACAAUAGCACUGCUGUAAGAAUAGAAACUUAUCAUUAUUAUCCAA